UCUCUCUGUUCUGCAUUUUCAUACUCUAUAUAAACUUACUAUUACUGCAGAGAAAAUCAGAAUCAAGGAAGAAAAAGAAAAACCCAAUUCAGUAAUAUCUAUAAAGUAGGAAAACCGGUACGUUCAUGGAGAGUACCGAUUCAUCGUCGGGCUCACAGCAACAGCAGCAGCAGCAACAACAACCUCAGCUUCCACCGGGGUUUCGGUUCCAUCCAACUGAUGAAGAACUUGUUGUUCAUUACCUCAAGAAGAAAGCUUCUGCUUCUCCUUUACCAGUCAGAAUAAUUGCUGAAAUCGAUCUCUACAAAUUCGAUCCUUGGGAACUCCCUGGUAAAGCGACUUUUGGCGAACAAGAAUGGUAUUUCUUUAGUCCAAGAGAUCGGAAAUACCCAAACGGUGCUAGACCUAAUCGAGCUGCAACUUCUGGGUAUUGGAAAGCAACAGGAACCGAUAAGCCGAUUUUAACUUCCGGUGGAACUCAAAAGGUUGGAGUAAAGAAAGCACUAGUUUUUUAUGGUGGAAAACCACCUAAAGGAAUUAAAACUAAUUGGAUUAUGCAUGAAUAUCGUCUCAUCGAUAACGUCGCUUCCACCUCCACUACUACCAUGCGACCUCCUGGAACCACCAACAUCUCUUCCACCUCGAAGAAAAACAGUACUUCUCUAAGGCUUGAUGAAUGGGUAUUAUGCCGGAUUUAUAAGAAGAACAACUCUACUCAAAGACCUAUUGAUCAAAACAACAAGGACGAUUCAUCGUUAAUGCUGGAUGACAUGCUCUCAUCAGUACUAAGAACUUCAUCAACAAUUAAUGGUGGUGGUAGUAGUCAAGUUCACAUGACCAAUAAUAAGUCACAGAUUAUUGCCACUAGUUCUUCAAAAGGAACAACCCCAAAUUACUCGGGGUUGAUCGAAAACGACGACAAUAACAGCUUCUUAGAGGAUUUAAUAUCUGAUCAUCAUCAAUUGGGUUCUUCAAGUAAUUCCAAGCAUGUCAAUUUUUCUGCGGUAAUUUCUGCACCGACAAAUAUGAGUACUCCAUGCUCUCUCACUCUGAAACGAAACUUACAAUCGCCAUAUUAUAACCAGUCGGGAAAUGUUAAUACAUCUCCAUCAUCCAAGAGAAUGAUUUUUCAACCCAAUUCUGCUCAUACAAACAAUAAUGUCGUGGUUGGUGGCGGUACGGAUGGAAGCAAUACAAUUUCGACUCUGUUAAGUCAGACAGCGCAGUUUCAUCACCAACAAUCGGUUCUUGGGUCUCUGGACGAUGGUGUUUAUCGGCAGUCUUACCAUCUACCAGGCAUGAACUGGAACCCUUAAUGAUGUUAUUAUGGUGGUGAGUAUAUUUCUAUGUAAACUCGAUCCUCUUCAAUUUCAGGGUUUCAGAAUUAAAGAUACUUCCGAAUCAUCACUUGGUUUUUUGCCACGUGUCCAACACUGAAACAGCGGACAUGCCAGUUUGGACAGUUUCACUUUACUGUUUUGCUGUUUCCAGAGAGUUGUAGUACCGUACUAUGUAGAAACUCACCAUUCAAGUAGAGAGAUUGGAAAAAACAGUAUUGCCGGGGAUUACCUUUUACCAUCAAGUUCAGGUAAGAUCAUAAAUACAGAGAGAGAGAGAUCUAGCUAGAAAGGGAGCUAUAUUUCAUACAAUGUAGUUUUGAUUAAAUUAGACAAUAUCGAGGGAAUUAAAUGGCAUGUAACAAUAAAUGAUAUAUUUAUACACCAAUACUACUAAGAGACUUUGGUAUUCAGUAUAUAUAAUAUAAGUAAUAUACUGAUGCCACUUCAAGCAUGAUACUUAGAUUUUGGUUUUUAUCCAUGGUAGUCAUUUCUAGCCUAUCCGAACUUGUUUGGGACAAAGAGACUCUGUUUUCGGUUUCCGCCAGCUUACUGUUGGAUAUUUAUGUUCA